AGUGGCGGGUCUCAUUCAACACGAGCAGGACCUGCGAAGGGAGAUCACGCUGCUGCAAGCGUCCUUGGGUGCUCGUGCAUAUGCAACAGGUGCUCGUGCAUAUGCAACAGGUGCUCGUGCAUAUGCAACAGGUGCUCGUGCAUAUGCAACAGGUGCUCGUGCAUAUGCAACAGGUGCUCGUGCAUAUGCAACAGGUGCUCGUGCAUAUGCAACAGGUGCUCGUGCAUAUGCAACAGGUGCUCGUGCAUAUGCAACAGGUGCUCGUGCAUAUGCAACAGGUGCUCGUGCAUAUGCAACAGGUGCUCGUGCAUAUGCAACAGGUGCUCGUGCAUAUGCAACAGGUGCUCGUGCAUAUGCAACAGGUGCUCGUGCAUAUGCAACAGGUGCUCGUGCAUAUGCAACAGGUGCUCGUGCAUAUGCAACAGGUGCUCGUGCAUAUGCAACAGGUGCUCGUGCAUAUGCAACAGGUGCUCGUGCAUAUGCAACAGGUGCUCGUGCAUAUGCAACAGGUGCUCGUGCAUAUGCAACAGGUGCUCGUGCAUAUGCAACAGGUGCUCGUGCAUAUGCAACAGGUGCUCGUGCAUAUGCAACAGGUGCUCGUGCAUAUGCAACAGGUGCUCGUGCAUAUGCAACAGGUGCUCGUGCAUAUGCAACAGGUGCUCGUGCAUAUGCAAAAGGUGCUCGUGCAUAUGCAACAGGUGCUCGUGCAUAUGCAACAGGUGCUCGUGCAUAUGCAACAGGUGCUCGUGCAUAUGCAACAGGUGCUUGUGCAUAUGCACCCUUUGCACCCGACAUUCCUGUCUUAGCGCAGCUCUCCUCAUUGGCGCUCGCGCCUCUCCUCUCUGACUGGGAUAGUUUGGGGGAGCGAGAGAGGACCCUGAUCACCCCGCCAUUCAGCACGAGCGUGCUUCCACCAGCAACGGUGGCACGACGUGUUGCCAUGAUGUCUGCGCUACAGCCGUCUGACGCCAUGCUACAGUCCAUCACAGCCAGCACUCUGCUGAUUGCAAGUGGGGAGGACCGGCUGAUACCAUCAGUGGAGGAAGCGUACGGGCUGGCCACAUGCAUCCCAGCGUGCCGCAUCAAGAUUCUGCCCUUCUCCGGCCACACUGCACUGCUGGAGGUGAGACACAUGGCGCUGCUGGAAGCGGCUGUUUCUCUGCGAGAGAUCCUGGAAGAGAGUGGAGUGCUGCUGCCCUCUGCAGCCUUCCCUCUCGUGACCCAACCAUGCAUCCCCACAACCAUAUCCUGCUCACGCCCCUCGCUUCCCUUUCAUCAGGCGGGUGUUUCUCUGCGAGAGAUCCUGGAAGAGAGUGGAGUGCUGCUGCCCUCUGCAGCCUUCCCUCUCGUGACCCAACCAUGCAUCCCCACAACCAUAUCCUGCUCACGCCCCUCCCUUCCCUUUCAUCAGGCGGGUGUUUCUCUGCGAGAGAUCCUGGAAGAGAGUGGAGUGCUGCUGCCCUCUGCAGCCUUCCCUCUCGUGACCCAACCAUGCAUCCCCACAACCAUAUCCUGCUCACGCCCCUCCCUUCCCUUUCAUCAGGCGGGUGUUUCUCUGCGAGAGAUCCUGGAAGAGAGUGGAGUGCUGCUGCCCUCUGCUGCCUUCCCUCUCGUGACCCAACCAUGCAUCCCCACAACCAUAUCCUGCUCACGCCCCUCCCUUCCCUUUCAUCAGGCGGGUGUUUCUCUGCGAGAGAUCCUGGAAGAGAGUGGAGUGCUGCUGCCCUCUGCAGCCUUCCCUCUCGUGACCCAACCAUGCAUCCCCACAACCAUAUCCUGCUCACGCCCCUCCCUUCCCUUUCAUCAGGCGGGUGUUUCUCUGCGAGAGAUCCUGGAAGAGAGUGGAGUGCUGCUGCCCUCUGCAGCCUUCCCUCUCGUGACCCAACCAUGCAUCCCCACAACCAUAUCCUGCUCACGCCCCUCCCUUCCCUUUCAUCAGGCGGGUGUUUCUCUGCGAGAGAUCCUGGAAGAGAGUGGAGUGCUGCUGCCCUCUGCUGCCUUCCCUCUCGUGACCCAACCAUGCAUCCCCACAACCAUAUCCUGCUCACGCCCCUCCCUUCCCUUUCAUCAGGCGGGUGUUUCUCUGCGAGAGAUCCUGGAAGAGAGUGGAGUGCUGCUGCCCUCUGCAGCCUUCCCUCUCGUGACCCAACCAUGCAUCCCCACAACCAUAUCCUGCUCACGCCCCUCCCUUCCCUUUCAUCAGGCGGGUGUUUCUCUGCGAGAGAUCCUGGAAGAGAGUGGAGUGCUGCUGCCCUCUGCAGCCUUCCCUCUCGUGACCCAACCAUGCAUCCCCACAACCAUAUCCUGCUCACGCCCCUCCCUUCCCUUUCAUCAGGCGGGUGUUUCUCUGCGAGAGAUCCUGGAAGAGAGUGGAGUGCUGCUGCCCUCUGCUGCCUUUCCUCUGGACCCCGUCCCUCCCUCUGAUGACGAGAACGAGCCUGCUUAUAGCGAGGAUGAGAAACUUGCCAACAGCGCGGCAAAUAAGCCUGCUAAUGGCGAGGAUGGACUGGCAGUGCAUGCUCAGGAGAGCAGCCGUGCAGCUAGUAGCGGCAGCACCACCACCAGCAGUGCAACUAGCCACGGCAGCACCAGCAGCAGUGCAGCUGGCAGCGGCAGCACCACCAGUAGUGCAGCUAUUAGCGGCAGCACGAGCAGCAGUGCUUUGUUGUAUGCAUCUGAAGCUGGAGCUAGCAGUGCAAGCCGAACCGUGUCUAGCAGUGAAAGUUCAGGUGAAAGUUCAGGAGGGAUGGAGGGGGCAGGGUACAGCAGCAGUGAGGAGGGGGAGUUUAGCAUGGAGGGGAAGGACUGGGAUGAUGCUGACGUGGCUGCUGUGCUUGGCCUGGCCAGCUCUGCUGCCACGGAUGCUGGGCCAAUCACAGGCCCCGAUGCUGAUGCUGCCGCGCUUGCCUCCAAUGAAGUUUUCUCGGAAGCGGGAGGAGGCGCAGGGAGAGGUGGUGCUUCGGGAAUGGUCUCAGGUUCGGGCGGUGCAGGCCUGGAAGGACGGGGGUUUGGUGCAAGUUUGGAAGGGAAAGGAGAAAGGGAGAGGGGAUCCGGGAGGGGGCGGGGCAGAGAAAGGGGAAGGAGGAACAGGAGGAAUGGUGAGGAGCUUACGGGAGUGGAGCAAGGGGAGGAGGGGAGAGGAGAGAAGCAGGGAGGAGGGAAGGAGAGAGAACGGGAGGGGCCGCAAGGACUGCAAGUGGUGCAAGGAGAGCCGGUCAAGAAGGUCAAGCGGGUCAAGCGGGGUUUGAGGCUGGAUGGGUACUAUGAGAUGAUGAAGGGUAAAGGAGAUGCCGCAUGGGCUGAUCGCAUGUUCCCCCAAGCUGCCUCUGCUUCUCAAGCUGCCAUCACUUCUCAAGCUGGCACUGCUUCUCAAGCUGUCACUGCUUCUCAAGCUGUCACUGCUUCUCAAGCUGUCACUGCUUCUCAAGCUGCAUCUCCUGCUCGUGAGCCCUCUCAGCCAGCUUUGGUUUCAUCCCAAGCUGCUGUCUCGGUCUCAUCCCAUCCCAACGAGCUAGCAUCUGCUAGGAACGGGCGUGCAGGCAAGGGGGCAGAGAGGGGUGUGGAGAGCAGUGCAGAGAGCAGUAGUGAUGGUAGCGGUGAUGCUGCUGCUGCUGCUGCUGCUGCUGCUGCAGGUGUUGCCACUGUUCCGAAUGCCGCUAAUGGAGCUGCGCUCCCCGAUUCUACUUCUACUGCCAGAAAUGGUGUUUCCAGUAACGAAGCUGCUAAUAAGGGGACAGGCGUUGGUGCAAGAGCUGUUAAUAAUGCCACUGGCGCUGCUGCUGUUGCUGCUUCUACCACUGCUGCUGCUGCUGUUGCUGUUGCUGCUUCUGCUUCUGCUUCUGCUUCUACCACUGCUGCUGCUGCUGUUGCUGUUGCUGCUUCUGCUUCUGCUUCUGCUUCUGCUUCUGCUUCUACCACUGCUGCUGCUGCUGUUGCUGUUGCUGCUUCUGCUUCUGCUUCUGCUUCUGCUUCUACCACUGCUGCUGCUUCAUCCUCAGAGAAAGCAACACAACAGAGGGGCGUGGGAGGUGUGGUGGGGGAAGCAAGGGUUGGGGGGAAAGAGGAGCAGCAGCAAGGUGGGGAAAGAAACGCGGAAGGGAAAGGGGAAAGAAAAGUGGAAGCGAAAGGGGAAGGAAAGGGGGAAGGGGGAGGAGAGGGGCGGAGGUACAUGGGGUCAGUGGAGGGGCGGGCGACGGAAGGGGAGGUGGGGCGGGCACUGGAGGGUAUGCUGGAUGACAUGCCUCAGUACCGCCUCUGGAACUGGGUGGCACGGCCGCUCUAUGUUGGGCUGGACAAGAUUCCUCGCAACGAGGGAAAGCUGCUGUUUGUUGGCAAUCACACCAUCUUCGGUAUCUAUGACAUGCCGCUCAUGAUCCGAGACAUUCACAUGCGCACGGGCGUCACUCUCAGGGGCCUGGGCGCGCCUACCCACUGGCAGGGGCCCUUUGCAGACCAAUUCACCAAAUACGGCGCUGUGCGGGUGUCCCCUCGCGCGUGCUACCAGCUGUUGAGGGAGGGGGAGAAUCUGCUGCUGUACCCGGGGGGCGGAAGGGAGGUGAGGAAGCGGAAGAACGAGAAGUACAAGCUGUUUUGGCGGGACACGACUGACUUUGUGCGCAUCGCUGUGCGCUGUGGCGCCACCAUCGUUCCCUUUUCUACUAUUGGAGUGGAGGACGCAUUUGAUGUUCUGAUGGAUCCCGAGGAAAUCAUGUCCUCGCCCAUCGGCCCUUGGUUGAAGCCAGCACUGGAAGCCACAGGCAUGCAGUCGCCCCCCUUCCCCCUCGCCUCCAAUGCCGGUCUGCUGCCGCGCCCCCAGCGCCUCUACUUCCUCUUCUCUGACCCCAUCCGCACUGAUGGCCUGGAUCCGGGCAUCAUACGAGACAAGGAAGAGUGCAAUAGAAUCUAA